CACGAAACAACUGACCAAACGGAAAGGGCAACUGAAAAUGGAGAAGUGGAGAGCUACAAGCAAUCUCCGGCGAUCAUUGAAGUCGAUUCUCAACCGUCAAUUAAGUUCUGUUUCAGAAUUUAGAUAUUUGAAUGAAAAAAGUUGUCAGCCGAUCUUCAAUCUGAUCCGAGAUUACAACAGUGUCGGAGAAGUGAAUGCGAUUCGGUACGGAUGUUUCAGUUCAAUGUCGACAGUUGUUCAGAGAAAUCCUUCAUUUUCGACUUUAAAUUCCGAUGAUAUUAGUUAUUUUAAGCAAUUACUAGGAGAGAAAAGUGUUAUUCAAGAUGAGGAUAGACUCGAAACUGUAAAUACGGAUUGGAUGCAUAAGUACAAAGGCUCCAGUAAGCUUUUGCUUCAACCUCGAAAUACUGAGGAGGUGUCACAGAUUCUCAAAUAUUGUAAUUCGAGGUGUUUGGCUGUUGUUCCUCAAGGGGGAAAUACUGGUCUUGUUGGUGGCAGUGUGCCUGUUUUUGAUGAGGUUAUUGUCAAUGUUGGUUCAAUGAAUAAUAUCAUAAGUUUUGACAAGGUCAGUGGUAUAUUGGUAUGUGAAGCAGGAUGCAUAUUAGAAAAUCUUAUCUCUUUCCUGGACAACCAAGGAUUCAUCAUGCCUCUGGACUUAGGUGCGAAAGGAAGCUGUCAAAUUGGUGGAAAUGUUUCAACUAAUGCUGGUGGUUUGCGCCUUGUACGUUAUGGUUCGCUUCAUGGGAAUGUACUUGGUCUUGAAGCUGUUUUAGCAAAUGGUGAUGUGCUUGAUAUGCUUGGGACUUUGCGUAAAGAUAAUACAGGAUAUGACCUGAAGCAUUUGUUUAUAGGAAGUGAAGGAUCUCUGGGAAUUGUAACUAAAGUUUCUAUAUUGACCCCUCCCAAGUUGUCUUCGGUAAAUAUAGCUUUUCUUGCAUGCAGAGACUAUUCUAGCUGCCAGAAACUACUCAUGGAAGCAAAAAGAAAACUCGGGGAGAUUCUAUCUGCUUUUGAAUUUUUGGAUAUCCAGGCAAUGGAUCUGGUCUUGAAUCAUUUAGAUGGAGUUCGGAACCCAUUACCCGCCUCAAUGCACAACUUUUAUGUUCUAAUUGAGACAACAGGCAGUGAUGAAUCUUAUGAUAGGGAGAAACUUGAGGCCUUCUUACUUAGCUCGAUGGAAGGUGGUUUAAUUUCUGAUGGUGUUCUUGCACAAGACAUAAACCAAGCAUCCUCGUUCUGGCGAAUACGUGAGGGUGUGCCAGAAGCACUGAUGAAAGCCGGUGCCGUUUACAAAUACGAUUUGUCAUUGCCUGUCGAAAAGAUGUACGAUCUUGUGGAUGACAUGAGAACAAGACUUAGUGAUUUGGCUAGAGUUGUUGGAUACGGUCACCUGGGGGACGGAAAUUUGCAUCUUAAUGUAUCUUCUUCGCAGUAUGAUGAUAAAAUUUUAGAACAAAUCGAACCGUACAUCUAUGAAUGGACAUCUAAGCACCGAGGGAGUAUCAGUGCCGAACAUGGCCUGGGACUGAUGAAAGCUAACAAGAUUUAUUACAGCAAAUCACCUGAAACCGUGAGUUUUCUUCUAAACAAAAGAAUGUUGCUUGACCCCAAUGGGAUACUCAACCCGUAUAAAGUUCUUCCGCACUCUCUCAAUUCAUAGAGCCUGGUGUAUGACCGUGGAGUAUUCGUUUUCCCACAUUCAGUGUCAAUGAUUCCGUUAAAGUUCUGAAUAUACAAAGAUCCAUAAUGUAGGUGAGCUGAAAAUGGGGAAAGGGGAAGAUCCAAGCAGUUUAAAUGAACACCAUUGAUUUGGCUAACAAAGGUCAUGGCUUCUGACAGCAUAAGCAGAAUUUGGUAUAAUAGUGGAAUAAGAUGAUCGAAAUGUACAACUCACUGAAGAAUAAUAUUGCAAAAAUAAGUUGAACUUUGUUGAACUCUUUUUCUGUAAUGUGAUAUUUGUACUUUGAUUAA